AUGGACUGUCCAGAUGAUCUUUCACAGUUAGCUGACCUUUCGGAGGACAACAUCACUAAAGUUGUCAAGAUCAGAUAUAAAGAAGACAAAAUAUACACAAACGUUGGGGAAAUUCUUCUUGCAGUAAAUCCUUGCAAAGAACUAACAAUAUACACAGAAAAUACCAAGAAGCAAUAUGACUGGGGAAACUUCGACGCAAAACUCCCUCCACAUGUGUUCGACAUUGCCACAAGAGCAUAUCGACGCAUGCGUCAGGCAGAUGGAAACCAGAUUAUACUGGUUUGUGGCGAAUCAGGCGCGGGAAAGACGGAGAGUGCAAAGUACAUGGUUGAGCACCUAAUGCACAUGGUCGGCCAUGGUACAAAAGACCUGAAUGAACGAAUUGUAAAGAUAAACACCUUACUUGAGACUUUUGGAAACGCCAGAACAAAAAUGAAUCACAAUUCGAGUAGAUUUGCCAAAUUUUUACAAUUGAGCUUUGGUGAAGACGGGCGAGUGAUAGGUGCAAUUGUCCGGGACUACAUGCUUGAAAAAUGUCGAGUUGUCGCCAGGACUCCUAAUUGCCAAGAAGGAAACUUCCACAUCUUUUACGCCCUGUUUGCAGGAUUGUCCGAAAAAGAGAAACGGGACCUUUAUCUACAGAAACAAGAAACCUACGAGAUACUUCAAGGGAGUGCUGAAAAUUUAAGAAGUGAAAAGAAAGAGGAAUAUCGCAGCAGAUAUGAAUCCGUUCGACGGAUUUUAACACAAACUGGAAUGAAAGAAGAUGAACAAAGGAUAAUGAAAAAGAUGCUAGCUGCCAUUUUACAUUUGAGUGAAAUCAAAUUUGAUGGAGUGGAGGGUCGUGUUGAGAUAAAGUAUGAGGAAACUCUGGAACAAGCUGCUGAUCUACUGGGAGUCCAAACUACAGAUUUGAAGAAAGGCUUGCUUCAAAAGUCCGAAAAAGCAGGGAGCAAAAAUACACAGACAGCAGCCGAAGUCAAUAGAGAUGCUCUUGUAAAGCAUACUUAUGAUAGGUUGUUUGGAUGGGUAGUUAAAAAGAUUAACGACAACCUGCACCCAAACAGAAAAAGGAACAAUGGGAUGAAAGACAUUGGAAUAUUGGAUAUUCCAGGAUUUGAAAAGCUUCAGGACAACAAAUUUGAACAAUUGUGCAUUAAUUUUGUGAACGAACAACUGCAGGUAUCCAUGAACCGAAUCCUUAUUGAGGAGGAACAGAGAAUUUAUCACUCAGAAGGAAUUAAUGUUGGUAUUGGAGAUAUAAGUAAAGGGGAAACAUGCAUGGUUGAUGUUUUUGAAAUGAAGGAAUCGGCGAAGGAAUUAAAUAGAAAACUGAAGGAGGCGACACCACAUUUCGUAAGAUGUAUUAAACCAAACGAAGAACUUCAGCAGGAUCAUUUUGAUGCCCCAUUUGUCGGAAAGCAGUUGAGAUACAAUGGCAUUUAUGAGCUCUCGAAAUAUAGAAAAAAUGGAUUUCUUGUCCGGAUAAAAUUCAAAGAUUUUGUUGAAAGGUACAAGAUAAUCUUGCCUUCAGAUCACACAAAUGAAGUUGGGGAUGACAUUGCAGCUAUGAUAGAUGACUUACUUAAAUCUCAGCCUGAGUUGAAAUUGAAUGGUUGCUUCAAAGUCGGAAAAUACAUGGUGUUUAUGAAAGAGGAACUAAGCAACUUCAUUGAGAAGCUUCUGAAAGAGGAAGAAGAUAGAAGAAAACGAGAAAAGGAAUUGAUGGAGGAGAGAAGGAAACAGAAGGCGAAAAUCGAAGAGGAAGAAAGACUAAGGAAAGAGAAAGAGAAAACCAAGACAGAGCAAAAUUCCGACAAAGACAGAGAAACGAGAGAUAUUGUAUGA